GCGCCCAAGCAAAGGAGCCGAUCAUCGCUCCCUAAGAGCCGCUCAUUACAAGUAACUCGGCUUCCGCGUGGAUACGUCGUGACGUGUGCAAGCUCAGCUGCGGAUGCGGUAUAUGAGUAUAUUUUUGUGUGCGGUGUGAUUUAAAGUCCCUUUAUUUUUUUUUUAUUUAUUUAUUUUUUUUCGUGCGUGUGUGGGUGCGCGCGCGCGAUCGUACGGAGGCUUCUUGCUGGAUAGUGCAUUUUUUCUUUUCUUUUUUUUUCAUAAGUACUUAUUUUUUCGAUACCGGAUAUAGCCAAGGUGGUGCGUGUUGGUAGGAUACAGGACGUACUUGCGAACAUUGAUCCAGCCUCACCAGUAUACAUAGAGGACAAGGUGUUUGUCGCCGAUGCUGAGAAACGGUACUCCUUCCAGCCGUGUAUAGUGUAGCCACGACGGAGAGUCAACCGAACGAUCUGCAUAAAUCAUUGGACGAAGCAAAGGUGGAGCGAGUGAUCCAGCUACAUUUACUUACAGGACCGGAGUAAAAAAUAAAUAAUUUAAAAAAAAGUGAGAUAAAAUAACGAGGAGUGGAAAGAUGGCCGUGAAAGAGUGGUUCCGCCAACUUCAGCCGGCCCAGCUGUACAUAGUGCUCUUCUUCACGUGUGCCUUCUUCGCUGUUGAGAUUGUCGCGAUAUACGUCACCCACGCGCUUACCCUCCUCAUGAACGCUUACCACAUGCUCUGCAACAUCGUCGCACUCGCUGGGUGCAUCGCUUCCAUCAAGUACGAAAACGAAAACAACAGGAGCCACGCCAAUUCCAUGUGCUCCUUGAGAUCUUCGUCCGUGAGCCUGAACGACCAAGUUUCGAUGGCCCCGUCGGCGAAAAAAUCCAAGAAGCUCCGGCCGGAAAAACGAAUGAUGAACACGUUCGGGUGGGCGCGCAUCGACAUAGUGACGAUGCUGAUCUGCUGCGUGCUACUGGCGUCGUUCUGUUUUUCCCUGAUCGUCGAGGCGCUACAGACCCUCGUGCACAUCCACCACUUGGACGCGAUGCACCACCCCUUGCCCGUGAUGACCAUCGGUGCCUCUGGCAUUUUGCUCAAUGCCUUUUGCUACUUCCUCAUCGGUGGCUACACCUUCAACCAAGGGGUCUUUCUCCACUUCACCCAGGAGGGCAACGUCGUACUGAAAAAAGCCACCGAUUCGCAACAACCGCAGCAAGAGGGCACGGCCGGGCAGAUGCGCAGCAGCCCGAUCAUAAUGCCCAAGACCCAGGGUUUUCGCGAAAUGUGUCGCGACGUGUUGGGCUGCAUCCUCGUGAUAAUCGCCUCCGUCGCCGUCUACUUCACCGACAAAGAGAUCGCCAAGUUCGUCGAUCCGAUCUUCGCCGUCGUCUCGGCCGUCUCGCUCUUCGUCCUCAGCUACCCUUACAUGAAAGAAUCCGGUCUGAUCCUAUUGCAAACGAUACCGAACCACAUAAACAUCGAUUCGCUGCAAAAGGAGCUCCUCGCGGCUUUUCCCGACAUCCUCAACGUCCAUGACUUGCACGUCUGGCAGCUCAACGGGGAGAAAGUCGUUGCUACCAUUCACAUUAUCUACGCUGACGCGACGGUUUACGCGAGAAUCACCGACCGGAUAACCAUGUUUUUCGUCGAACAGGGCAUCAGUCACGUCACCAUUCAGCCCGAAUUUUGUAACACGAGGGUCGAGCCAACGGAUUGCCUGAUAAAGUGCCGCAGCAAAAAGUGCAGCGCAUCGACGUGCUGCUCGCGCGAGAUCCUCAGCAGCAGCAGCGACGAGGACCAACAUCACCACCACGAGCCCCACGCGGGCCGCAAGUGCGCUCCAACGGAGCUAUGGCCGGCGCCCGAGCACUUGAACGUCCAGGUGGACGAGAUCUGCGAGACCCGGCGAGAUUGGCUACGGCCACCGGUGGGGGAAGCUCAGGAGGAGGAAGCGAGUCCUUCCGGCAAGGACCACUGCAGCCGGACGGUCGACGUCGACGUGCUCGAGAACACAGAACCGGUGGCCGAUGCCGAAGGUGCCCAGGAGUCCACCGCCGUCGAGGACAAAACCGACAGAUGAUCCGAAGCGUGGAUUCAGUGGCUGAGAAUUUUUGCCUAUUUUUUGUUUUUUAAUUUUUACUCCUACAAUCGAGAAAACUGCAAAGAGGAAAAUAAGCGACUGUCAGCCUCGCUGUUGUACGUGCAAAGUGUUGGUUGGGAGUGACUUUUGUUUUUAUGGUUGAGAAGUCGGUCUUGCAAACCCGUCAAUUAUCACGAUGAUUGUAUAGGUAUACACAUGUAUUUAUUGCGAGUUGAAACAUGUAAGUAUGUGUAUAUGUUGCUGUCGUAAGGGCGAAUUUAGCGACAAUUAACGAAUGCAUCGUGAUCAUUGUCAAAAGUGCUUAUUUUAGGAGAUAAAUUAUUCGGAUUGAUCAUAUUUUUUACUAUUUUUUAACACGUUAUGUACAAUGUAUUUAUCGAGAGUUUCAAGGUUUUUCAACAAAAUCGAUUUUAUGUGUAUUAUAUGUGAAAAUGAUAAUUUUUAAACGAUUAUACCUAACUAAUCAAAAGUCGAAAAUUGAAGAAUUUCUUUUAAAUUUAUACUCCACAAAAGAGUCGAUGGAUCUGGUAACCGAUUGGUAUUUCACAUUUUGGUGCGUUAAAUGUUUCAAGUAGGAAUUUUCAAGUGACUAGGGCUUUCGGUUGGAAAAAAAAUUUCCUCAAGGCCGCUUGAGUUUCACCGUAAGCUUGUAAUAAAGAGAAAAAAAAAACCGAUUGUUGUGUUCAAUGCCAUUUUUUCAAUGUAUCGUAGUUGAUAAUCCUUGGAAGGCUAAAGUAUUCGUAAUAAAAACGUAUACAUGUAGCGUUACGACGACAAAAAAUUUACAAAAUUAUCGAAUCGUUUAAAAUGUUACCAUAUACUUAGUUGUGUCCAUUUAAUUGAUAAUAGUUACAUAUAUUCGUAACUAAACUAUUUUUAUAAAAAGAAGAAAAAACAAAAAACCAAUUAUUUUUAUCGAUUUUUGGGAGCAAAUCGAAACGCAUUUUAUACAGUAGAGUAAGCCAUUUUAUUUGUAAAUGUGAUAAUUUAUGUAACGUAUGUAAAUAAUUUCACGCCAAAAAAAAACUAAUUUCUAAUAAAAAAUUAUAAAUAUAA